CAGCGGCUGGGCGUGACCUUGCUGGGAGGGGCUAGAGGGGACGGAGGAGAGCGAGAACUCUCCAGAGUCAGAGGAAACUGGGAGCUGGGAGCCGGAGUGGAAUCGGAGCGCCGGAGCUUCCCCCCGACUCAAUCCGAGCGCCCCAAGCUGCUCCCGAGACGGCCAGCGCGGGAGGGGGCCGGGGCCACCGAGCACGGACCCGAUGGAGAAAUACAAAGCACAGAAGUGUUGCUGUCUGAUGGUUCACAGAAGGAUUCUUCAGGUUUCUACUUCCCUAGAACAGCUGCUUACAGAACUGGAUGCCUUUUUGAAGAUCCUUGACAAGGAGAACCUGAGUAGCACUGCUGUGGUGAAGAAGAGCUUCCUUACAGACCUUCUUCGGCUCUACACGAAGACCAGCAGUUCCGAUGAGGAAUAUAUUUACAUGAACAAAGUUACAACCCAUAAACAGCCACCUGCGGAAAUAGAAGGCAAAGGAAAAGACAAAGACAAAGCACCGAAUUCGUCAGAUCCUCAGACCAAUGGGGAAUUGGUACAGCACUUAUCUGCUCCGCAGAAGAGUCUACCUGAUCUCCCACCUCCUAAAAUAAUUCCAGAAAGGAAACAGCUCCCAGUCCCAAAGAUCGAGUCUCCAGAGGGAUAUUAUGAAGAGGCAGAACCAUAUGAUACUUCCUUAAAUGAGGAUGGUGAACCUGUGAGUAGUUCCUAUGAAUCGUAUGAUGAAGAAGAGAGCAGCAAGAGCAAGUCAACCCCCCACCAAUGGCCAUCCCCAGAAGCCACCAUUGAGCUGAUGAAGGAUGCCCGGAUCUGUGCCUUCCUAUGGAGGAAGAAGUGGCUGGGCCAGUGGGCCAAGCAGUUGUGUGUCAUUAAGGACAACAGAUUAUUGUGCUACAAAUCCUCCAAAGAUCACAAUCCCCAGCUCGAUGUGAAUCUGUUAGGCUGUAGUGUGGUCUACAAGGAGAAACAAGUGAGGAAGAAAGAGCACAACCUGAAGAUCACUCCUACAAACGCUGAUGUGAUUGUCCUGGGACUGCAGAGCAAGGAUCAGGCAGAGCAGUGGCUCCGGGUCAUCCAAGAGGUUAGUGGCUUGCCUUCUGAAGGAGUUUUUGAAGGAAACCAAUACACUCCUGAUGCUCAGCGUCUCCAUUGUCAGAAACCAGAUAUAGCUGAGAAAUACCUGUUAGCCCCAGAAUGUGGAAGUACUGUGGAUGGUCAUCCUGAGACCACAGAAACCAAAGAUGUUAAGAGGAAAGGUACAACAGGCCUCAAACUGAGCAACUUGAUGAACCUGGGGAGGAAGAAAUCUGCUUCAAUGGACAAUUCCGAGAGGUCUCUGGAGACAUCCAGUUACCUGAACGUCCUGGUCAACAGCCAGUGGAAAUCCCGGUGGUGCUGCGUGAAGGACAGCCACCUGCACAUCUACCAGGACCGGAACCGCACAAAAUCGGCACAGCAGCCACUCAGCCUGGUGGGAUGCGAAGUUAUCCCAAACCCCAGCCCCGAUCACCUCUACUCCUUUCGGAUUCUUAACAAUGGAGAAGAGAUAGCCAUACUUGAGGCCAAAUCAUCAGAGGAAAUGGGUCAUUGGCUGGGUCUCCUUUUGUCUGAGUCAGGGUCCAAGACCGACCCAGAAGAAUUCACCUAUGACUAUGUGGAUGCAGAUCGAGUUUCCUGCAUUGUGAGUGCAGCAAAGACAUCUUUCUUUUUAAUGCAGAGAAAGUAUUCAGAGCCUAAUGCCUACAUCGAUAACCUGCCCAAAGGUCAUCAGCAGGAGGAGCCUUAUGAUGAAGUCAUUCUGGAUGCAAAUGAACCAACAUUAGUGGAACAAAUACAAGAAAUGACCCCUCUGAAAGCAACCACAUCUGAAGAAUUAGAUCGAGUGUACUUGGACCUCACACCCCUUAUGUCCUUCCCACCUGACCCCAAUAAUGCCAAAAGCCAGCCUUCCCCUCCUUCCUCUCCACUUUUGGAAAAAGCCAUUUUUAAGACAGAACUAGAAGACACCACUGAAAGCUCUUCAGGAGACAGGGAGACCGAAAUCUGCGGAAAGUCUUUGGAGACGGCACAAGAGCAGAAACAGCCUGAGAGGACUGAAUCAGAAGAGCUGUCCCCAAGAGGCACUGGUGUCAAAAUCCAAACCCAACAACAGAAAAUCUCUUUCCCUCAGAGUGUCCCUGACUUUCCAUUCACCACAGCAACAGGGACUCACCUGCAGCCAGUGGCUACCCCUAAAGAGAAAUCUGAGAAGGCCAAAGGGAUCAUUGCAGCACCAGUAGAAAUUAAACUUGGCAAGAAUAGGACUGAGGCUGAAGUGAAGCGGUACACAGAGGAGAAGAAGAGGCUUGAGAAGGAGAAAGAAGAUAUCCGGACUCACCUUGCACAGCUUCGGAAAGAGAGGCGGGAACUGAAAGACACCAUGGUGAAAUGUACAGACAGGUGUGCCCUGGCCUCUCUGGAGCAGAGGUUAAAGGAGAUGGAGGAGGAGUGUAGGGAAAAGGAAAACAGACGUGUGGACCUGGAACUGAGCAUCAUGGAGGUGAAAGAAAGCCUGAGGAAGGCAGAGGCAGGGCCUGUGACCCUAGGCACGGCAGUGGACACCACCCACCUGGAGAAUACAAAUCCCAAAGCCAAAGUUCCCAAUUCAGCUCCUGCUGCAGAUUCUUCUCCAGUCAACUCUGCUACAGCUUUAAAAAACAGACCUCUCUCUGUCAUGGUAACGGGCAAAGGAACAGUGUUAAGGAAAGCUAUGGAAUGGGAGAAGAAAGGAGCAAGUUAGGAAACUAUCUUCCAAUAAAAACUGACAUGACUGAUAUGGACCUUGGAUGACAAUCCUCCAAGUUAUGGUCUGACAUAAAAUAGAGAACACUGGGCAUGGAGAGUCUCUUCAGAAGAAAAAAAAAGGAUAAGGACAACAGUGAACAGAGGUCUUUGGCUAAGGAUUCCUGCACCUCCCCAAGGCAGUGGGGGGAGAGGAAGGACGGACUCUCAGGUCUCUUUUCACCAACAAAGGAGUAACACAAAAGGAAAAGACACUUUCAUAGUAUUUUUAACCCAUUUUUAAAAACAGGAAUGCUAUUGUUCAUUUCUACAUACAAAUUUAUCAAUUGCAUUAUUGAAAUUUAGUUCAUAGUUCAUAACAAGAGAUUUUGGGGGGUUGUUUUUUUGGGGGGGAGAAAAUGUGUAAAGAAUCCAGGUACCUGAAUAGUUCUCCCACUUGGAAUUUUGGCUUUUGGUAACCAAGAAGACUUAAAUUCAUCUUCUUCAUCAUCGCUGCCAUCAUCAUCUCUAUUCAGUACUGGGCAAAAAUGCUAGUUAAAUUUUUCCUCCUUUGGGGGAGCCAGGCUCCAGCGUUUGUGGUGAGAAUUCAGACCUUCAGGCUUUUCAGUUUGCGAUUCCAUGAAUAUAGAAAUAACCUAGAAAUUGUUUUAGAUAAAAAAAACUCACUUGUGGAUGGGGUGCUGUCCUUUCAGAGGGGAGAAAAUGACUUUGUGGCUUUUAUUCAGGUAAGUUAUUAGUAACACUGAUAUAUAAAGGACAAAAGAAUGUUUAUUUAACACAAGGACAAGAUUCUAUUGGGAGUUAACGUAUUUUCCAAGUAACAGUGAGAUCAUCACCUUAAAGCCUGUGUCCAGAAGCCAUUUUUGAAGAGAUGCAUAUUUUGGUCAUGAACUCUUCACAGAUCCAAAAAGGUUCUUUAUCCGUGUCUUAAAAAACAGUGCCCCAAAACUAGCUGAAGGAUAUUUCAUUAACCAUGUUCAAUGGACAGAUAAAAAUUUCCUUGUCUCUUUAUCAGGUUAGUUCUAAUCUAUGGAUUAACUGGUUCAAACUGAGGGGAUUUUUUCCUCCCUUAGUAGGCAGUGCCCUGGUUCCCUAUAAGAAGAAUACUGUGGAAUUUGUUGAAUGAAGAUAGAUUCUUAUUUCACCCACCCCACCUUUAAAAACAAACAAAUCCCAACUAACAGAUGAUGACUUUCCACUUGGUGGCCCUGUCUUUUUUCUUUAAUAGAACAAUAAAUAUUGGUGUGUAUUUGUUGUUCCUUAAAAGAAAAGGUUUUCAGACAUUUCAUCUUCACCUCAACCUUCCCUCUCCCCACCCCAAACCAAACAACUUUGUAAUGUUCAUUGUCUUUCUAAUCACAGGGCAUUUAUUUCCUUUG